AUGGAAAACUGCAAUGACACUAAAAAUCUAGAGUCCGAAUAUAUGAGCUCAGAGCAGUUCUUUAAGAUAACUGUUGGCUUCUCUGUCGUCACUUAUCUCUUCAGCAUCCUGCUUAGCACACCACUACUCUUCCUCAUUCUGAAGACGCCAUCCCUGAGACGCAAGUUCCGCUACAUUCUGCUGGUCAAUCUUCUUGUUUGCGAUAACCUGCAGCUGUUGCUCUUCACGGUUCAUUUUUCUAUUUCCGCCUUCCAGGUUGGCUCUUCCAUAAUCCAGUGUUUCAUCUCCACAACCUUCUCAUUUGGUUUCUGUUUGGUGGACAUCUUUUUUAUUACGGCUCUAGGGAUCGAUCGCUGUAUCGCUAUCAAGUGGCCAUUGCACUAUGAGGCUAUCCUCAGUUCUGGAAGGAAAGCAACUCUAGUUUUCAUGAUCUGGGGACUGUCCAUGGCAUUAACAAUAGUGGCUCUGUUUCUGUCAGUCAGCUCCAUCACUUGUACCUUUACAGUAAAACGAUGUCUGCCCAUUCUGUUCAGCAGAUGUUUCCUGGAAUCUGACGCUUAUUUUGGUUUUAAGAAAAUUUUGACAGCAAUGUUGUUUCUUGGCAGCUAUACCUGUAUUUUCUUGUGCUUUGUGAUCUUAUGUUGGGACAUCAGAAUUUUCCUAAAAACACAACGGGUGUGGGUGACCAUAACCUUGCAAGGACUGCAGCUUAUUUUUUAUUCAGUGCCAGUUUUAAUGAGAUAUUUUCUUACCCAGUACAUCGAGAACAAGGACGGGGCUGAGCUUGCUAUUGAGGCUCUGUUUGAUCUGGGAUUGUCCCUUAUCCCUUUGGUGUAUGGCUGUCGCUCGGCAGAACUGCACAUCCUUAUGAGUCAGCUAUGCUACUUGCUUCCUCUGUCAAAGAAUCAAAUUCAGCCACAUGUGUAG